UUCGAACUUCUCUUUCUCUUCUCUCCCUUUCUCUCUCUACAGUCGGUGCAACGAGACAGACUGCCCGCACUGACCACCGGUGGUGGGUUAGGGUUUCCAGAGUGACGCCGUCAACUUCCCCACCAUUUCCCUCUCCUUCCCUCUGCCUACCUCUUUCGCUCUCUCUCUCUCUUUCCUCUGUGUGCUUAUAUUUGACUUCCCGGGCGCUUGCUUGAGGGGUAGGUCAGUGGUGCGGCGGAGCUUCUGGCGGAGGAGGAGGACGAUGACGGUGAUCGGCGAUUAAGGCGGAGGUUCUUUUGAGGAUCCAUUUGACGGAUAUUAUUCUCCAGUGUUUCUCAACGAUAGAAUACAAUAUGGUCAUGGAGGAAAACGAACGGUACCUGCAACCUGUCUGCCCUGUAGAGUCAAGGGAUGCAAACAAGAUGGUUGGUGAUGGUCAUUCUCCACCAGUACACGUCCAAUCAUUAAAGAUUGAAAUUGAGGGCACUGUUUCUGUCAAAGUUGAUUCUUUGUGCAUUGAAAAUGAGAACCACGAACAAGAUACUGCAAAAGAUAUAGUCUCUGAGAAACAUUCAACUUGCCAAGCAAGAGCAGAAGAGACUGGGAUAACUAAACCUGUAUCUUGUGGAAAUCAUAAAAAGUUGUCGUCCCCUAUAAAUGAUAAUGCUAGAAAUGUUCAAACAAACCGCACUAUCCCCAGCCCGUUUUCAUUGGAGACUGAAAAGCGUGCAGUUAAUGGUAGUAAGUCUGCCUAUGUUCACUCAGCCCCUAUGAAUGCGGAUCGAUCACCAUCAAAUUCAUAUGGUCAGAUGUCUUCGAUGGGACCAAAGAAGACUCAGCCAAUAUCACCUACCAUGUCAAGGAAGUUACCACACGAGUCUGCAAAGUCGCCUGAUGAUGAAGACACUUGCUCCAUUGCAUCAACCACAGCAUCAAUUAGAUCAUCAAGAACCAGAGCAUAUGUGCCAUCUGCGCCUACUUUUCGGUGCUCCGAACGUGCGGAGAAGCGAAAAGAGUUUUAUGCCAAGUUAGAGGAGAGACAGCAGGCUUUACAGGCAGAGAAAAGCGAGAAAGAAGCUAAGGCCAAGGAGGCAGAAGAAGCAAGACUAAAAGAGCUUAGAAAGAGUUUGACAUUUAGAGCUAAUCCUGUUCCUAGCUUCUAUUACGAGGGCCCCCCUCCCAAGGUUGAACUUAAAAAGACCCCUCCAACCCGUGCGAAGUCACCGAAGUUUAGCAGGCGAAAAAGCUGUGAUGCAGUCAGCUCAACACCAUCCCAUUCCGAAAAUAAGGCAUCUUAUGUGAGGGUUACCCGCCACAGUACGGGUAGCUAUAAGAAUUCUGGCAGCUCGGUCGAAAAUGAUAAGUGUUGCAGCAACACCAAGGCUUCUUGCAAAGAUAGAAGCGGGAGCAAAGCUGUAGAGAACGGGAAACUGACCCCUUUGAAGGUUUCGGGACAGGGGAACAUAAAUGCUUCUGCUGGUGCUGUUGUGAAGGAUGUAGUGGUGCAGUCUUGAGGUUUUUUUUUCUUUUAUGAGCAAAGUGAAUUGUUUGGAUCUGUCUCUGGUAUGUGAAUGUUGGUAAUGCGCAUAAUUUAGCGGCAGCCGUUGAGUGCGUAUACAAACUACGAGACUCUUCUGAAAGAUGUAAAUUCUGUAAGCUAUGUGUGUGCCUAUAUACAAGUGUUUGUGUGAC